AUGUUGGUUCCUCCUAUGGCGGCACAGAAGGAGGCGGUGCCGCGGGAGUUGACGGCGCUCCUGUCCCCGGUGGCGAGCGAGGCCCCGCGGUUUUCAAGGACGGCGAGCAGCAUGGCGGCGCCCAGCAGCGACCCCUCCGCCUCCGCGGCGCUGUCGGAGCUGGCGGCGCUGCUCUCGCCGUCCUCCCCCGCCGCUCCCGCAGCUGCCGAGGCCGCCCUGGCGCUGUCGGGCAGCGCCUCGGGCCGGGCGCUGCUGGCGGGACACCCCGCGGCCUUGGCGGCCUUGUGCGGCCUGGCCGCCUCGGCCUCGCGUGGCUCGGAGCCCGCCUUGGCCGCGCUGGUGAACGCGUCCUCGGAGCCGGCCGCGCUGGAGCCGCUGCUCCCCGCGGUCCCUUGGCUCGCCGAGCUCCUGCCCGGCUCCGGGCCGGCCUGCGGGGUGCUGGCCAACCUGGGCCGGGACGAGGCGGCGGCGCCGCGGGUGCUGCGGGCGCUGGGCCCCGGCGCGGGGCCGCUGCUGCGGGCGCUGAGCGCGGAGCGGCCGCCGGAGGAGCUCGGGGCGCUGCUCUGCAACCUCAGCCGGGCCCCGGAGGGACGGGCCGCGCUCCUGGAGCCGUCGGGGCGGGCGCUGCGGCGGCUCCUGGCGCUGCUGAGGAGCCCGGCCUCGGCGGCGCUGCGCAGAGGAGCCGCGGGAGCGCUCAGGAACUGCUGCUUCCAGCACGAGAACCACGAGCGGCUGCUGAGCCCCGAGCUGGACGCGCUCCCGCUGCUGCUGCUGCCGCUGGCCGGCCCCGAGGAGCUCCCCGAGGAGGAGAUGGAGCAGCUCCCCGUGGAUCUGCAGUACCUCCCCCCGGAGCACCGGCCGGAGGAGGAGCCGGAGAUCCGCAAGAUGCUGCUGGAGACGCUGAUGCUGCUGGCGGCCACCAAGGCGGGGCGGGAGCAGCUGCGGCGCCGCGGUUCCUACCUGGUGCUGCGGGAGCUGCACGGCCGGGAGCGGGACCCCGCGGUGCUCGGCGCCUGCCACAACCUGAUCCAGGUGCUGAUCGGGGAGGAGCCGGAGGCGGCCAUGGAGAACCUGCUGGAGGUGCCGAUCCCACCGGAGCUGCAGCGGCGCUUCGCCGACAUGGACGCGGAGGAGGAGCGGCGGCGGAGGGAGGAACCGGCGGAGACGGCCGGGUGACACCAGAACGUCACCAG